ACUCUCACUCACGCAAAGUGGUCGAAACGAUGCGUUUGCAUUAUUUUUUAUUUAGAAAAUAAAUAAAUAAAUAAAUAAAUGAGUUGAGCGGUGACACAUAAUAAGUAAAGUACUCCUUAAACAAAAAAAAAAUAAGUAAAGUACUCCACAUAGAGCUGAGUUGUAAUGCAACGAUUCCUCUGAUAUAUAUAGUGAGUCAUUCGGUAACCGAGUCAGGGUUUUUUCAGUUUCUGUGUCAACUCAACUUCGAUGCUCACUCCCAUCAAUUUCUGAAUAUCAUUUCAUUUCUCAAUUUGAAGAAGAGUUAAGAUGAAGAGAUCAUUUCCAUGGGAGGAGGAUGAAGCUGAAUUCUCUGCCAAACAAUUUCCAAUUCCCGAAACAGAUUUCAACUCCUUAGAUGUACUCAUCAAACGGGCAGCAAUGUAUCAGGAUUACAUGAAGCAGGUCCCAAUCCCAACCAGUCGAGGCUCCGUCAUCCCGUUUACUUCAUGGAUGGGAUUAGGCAAAUCCAUCAAGCAGCUAUAUGGGCAGCCUCUUCAUUACCUCACAAAUAUCCUCCUUAAGCAAUGGGACGAAUUGAGAAUUGGCAGUGAGGAUGAGUAUAAGCGCUUGGACGACAUAAUUCAUCCAUGCAAAGCAGAAGCCACCAUCUGGAUCAUGGAAGAAAUCCAUCGACAAACCUCAUCGCAUUUUCAUAUUGCUGAUCUCUGGAAGAAGGACCCACUGUACAAUGGGUUUGUUGAUUCCGUUUUCCCAACAUUACAGGACACAUCUUGAAGCCAUUUAGUUUAUUUAGAGGCUUUAGUUUAGAGGCCUGGUACUGUAAUCUGCUAAUCGUUUGCUUUAUUUUCCUAUUGAUAAAGCAAAAUUGAACCAAAUCUUGAUCCUUUCUUCCUUAGUUAGCUGCAUCAAACUAUCAAUUUUCUAGGAUAUUGCUAAUGAUACUUUAAUUUCGGUCACAUUUUGGAACUGAAUAUUGUAUAUGACCCGCCUCAAAUCACAGCUUGAUAUGUUAUGUUCAUUUGGUUUUGGACAA